UUACCCAACGGCCUGGGUUUUGUAACCUUCCCGCAAGGCGGGCGCAGCGGCGGCGUCACACGGCCCGUUCUUAUAUAACUGCGGCCGAGGCGCGCUGGGGAGAGGGGCGUGCCGCGGCGAGAUGGAGCGCUGGGAGCCCGGGGUGCGGCGGCCAGGCGAGGAGGCGGCGGCGGCGGGGACGCGGCGGCUGGGGACCCGCCGUUGCGCACAGCGCUGCGCGGCCGGCCGGCCAACUUGAUCGGCGUCCACGCCCUCUGGGGAAGCGCCACCCCUCGGUCGAUGAGCCAUGAGUACUUCCCAGCCGCGGGAGGAGGAGAAGCAGCCGCCGCCGCCGCCGCCGCACCAAGCAGAGCGGCUGGCAGCCGAAGCGCGCGGCUUGGAGCGCUCCGUCGUCUCCUCCUCCUCGCGGGCAAGGGCGAUGCGGCCGCCCGAGUGGCAGGAGCUGCUGGAGCGGGCCGGCUCGCUGGCGCCCGGGGACAGGCUGGCCGAAGCCCUGCAGCUCUGCCAGGUGCGGGCCGAGCAGCUGGGCGAGCUGGCGGAGGGCUUGGCGCGCAGCAUCGGCUCCGGCGGCCUCCUGGCCUCGUCCCCGGCGGCGGCGCUGCUGCCCUGGCGGGAGUGGGAGGGCUUCAGGUGCCGCAAGUGCCAGGGCUUCCUCUACGAGCCCGUCUCGCUGCUCUGCGGACACACCUUUUGCAAGAAGUGCCUGGAGAGGGAGCGGGGCAGAGCCCCAUCGGCCGCGGCACCGGCGGGCUGCUGCGGCCUCUGCCAGGAAGGCGAGACGGGCCCCCACCAGCAGCUCCGGGUCAACGUCAUCCUCAGCAACUUGUUGGCCAAGUGGUUUCCCGGGCAAGUGAAGGCGUCGCGGCUCCGGCACGAAGGGAAUCUCUUAUAUAAGGAGAAGCACCUGCAGGCAGCCCUUCAGAAGUACAACGAGGCCGUCUGCUUAGCUCCCAAUGACCACCUGUUGUACAGCAACCGGUCCCAGAUUAAUUCUACCUUGAAAUGUUGUGAAGAAGCCCUGCACGAUGCAGAAAUGGCCUGUCAGCUCCAGCCGUACUGGUUGAAGGGUCACUUACGGAAGGGACAAGCCCUGGCUAACCUGGGGAAAACAGAAGAAGCUCUGCACGAAUUCUUAUUCUGCCUGGCUUUGGAUGCAGGGAACAGAACGGCCAAAUCAGAAGCUCAAAACCUUCUGCUUAGUUUAUGUUCGUGCGUCCCGGGGACUGCUCAGGAACCCUUCCCUGAGAUCCUGCAGCUGUUAUCCCGUCACUCUAGACUAAAAGGGAGUCUUUUAAAUUCAGUGGGAUCUGGAGGCUCCAGCCACAGCCUGCACAGGUGGUUCAAGGCAAAUGUGGAGCAAGGGACGAACUUCUCCUUCCUUGAGGAUCCAGGAAGCACCUUAGUAAAACCCACUCUGGUGACAGGAAGUCGAAAAGGAAGCUUGGAGGAAAGCCGGCUUCUCUCAGCACUGGCGUCUACCCCACUUAUUUCUGAGAAAUGCAGACUUUUAAAGAGAAAGCGCUCCUCUGAAAACUCCCCAGGUGCCGAUCUGCCUAGCAAGCUUGCAAAAAGGGAUACAAGCGGUGAAAAAGGAUCUAGUCCUGGGAACUGUAUUCUCUUUGGAUUUGUGGACCCUUCUGACCUGGAGUGUUCGCUGUGCAUGAGGCUCUUCUAUGAACCAGUCACCACCCCCUGUGGGCACACGUUCUGCCUGAAAUGCCUUGAGAGAUGUUUAGACCACAACCCAAAGUGCCCUCUGUGCAAAGAGGGUCUCUCGGAGUGUCUGGCCAUAAGGAAGCACUGCAAGACGAUGCUGAUGGAAGAACUCAUUGCCAAGUACCUCCCUGCGGAACUCGCAGAAAGGAAGAAGCUUUACGAAGAGGAGAUUGAAGAGCUGUCCAACUUGAAUAAGAGUGUGCCCAUAUUUGUCUGCACAAUGGCCUACCCCACUGUCCCAUGUCCCCUUCACAUCUUUGAGCCAUGCUAUCGGCUGAUGAUCCGGAGGUGCAUGGAAACCGGCACGCAGCAGUUUGGAAUGUGCAUCGGAGAUCCUGUCAAAGGGUUUGCAGAUUACGGCUGUAUCCUGGAGAUAAGGAACGUUGAGUUCUUUGCAGAUGGCCGCUCUGUGGUUGACAGUAUCGGCAGGAGGAGGUUCAAAGUGUUACAGCACAGCCAGCGGGAUGGAUACAACACAGCCGAUAUUGAGUACAUUGAAGAUAAGAUGGUGCAGGGAGAGGAAUAUGCUGGGCUCCUUCUUCUCCAUGACUCUGUUUACGGUCAGGCCUACAUGUGGUUUAAUACCCUCAAGCCAGCACUGAAGAGUCGUAUCCUCGGUCACUUUGGUCCGAUGCCUGCAAAGGAUGUAGACCCACAGGCCAACCCGAACGGCCCGGCCUGGUGCUGGUGGGUGCUGGCUGUCCUGCCUCUCGAGAGCAGAGCCCAGCUUCCCUUUCUUGCGAUGACGUCCCUGAAAGACCGCUUAAAUGGCAUCAGACGCAUCCUUGCCUUCAUGUCCCGUGCGAGAUCACGAUGAUGCCACGAGACGACCUGUGAAUCCUCUCUGCAGUACCUGUGCUUGAGUCUCACCAUUGCCAUUUUUCACAUGCUGAGGCUUAAAAUGCCUUUUGACCCCCAAUACACACACACGGCCACCCAUUCUGCCCUUGUUCAUCACCGGUUGCAGAAGAGAAGUGGAGGCAAGGCAUUUGUAAUACAAAUGAACAUUCUGGUCGCUGCGAGGCUUACAUUUUCCUUACAAACAUGUAGCAAAAGCCACUUGAAGUUCCCUGUGUGAAAGAGCCCUCCAAUUAGCUGCAGUAAUCUUGGGUAGAGAAGUUUCAGAGUGGAAACUGUUCCAAGCUUAUUUACAGAGCAAAAACUGUACUGAACCUUCAAUAGUUACUGUGUUGGGACGCAUGCAAGGCAGCCCUAAACACGUCUACUUAGAAGUCCCAGAGAUUUCCUGGGUCUACCUUUUUUUUUUUUGGUAGCUAUGUAUAGGACUGCAGCCUUAACAUUAUUCUUGAGUUGGUUCCUUAGUUGAUGCACUGUUAAAAUGGAUUUCCCUGGUGUGUGUGAAGAACGUGAACCAACCAGAAGAAGUGAAAUGGUUUGCCAUAAAUCAAGGGUUCUCAAACUUGGGUCCUCGAUGUUCUUGGACUUCAACUCCCAUCAGCCCCAGCCUCAGUGGCCUUUGGAUUAUGGGAGUCAGAGUCCAACCUCUGGGGAGACCCAGGUUUGCGAACUCCUGCCAUAAAACCUUUGAAAGGUUUUCUUUAUUUUGUUUUGGAAAUAGCUGCAUUGAAAUCUGGUUCAAUAUGCCGUCAAAAUACUAAGAACAAUGCUGCAUUUCUUUCAGUGAGUUUCAGAAGUCUUAUUCCAAAGGGUUCAGGUUUUAUAUAUCUGUAUAUAAUCACAAAUUUUAUUGGAUAACUUUACUUUUUGCACUAUUCUUUGUUUCUAAUUGUAAAUUGUAAUUAAGUGUGUGUGGUUUUUUCCAAGCAGAAAGUUAAGCUGCUCUACUAAUUUAUGAUAUUUUAUACUGAACUUGGGGAUGGGAAGGUAUGAAAUAAGGAGAUUAGGAAUACAUAUAUUGCUUUGAUUUGUCUUGAACACUUGUGCAGUUCUUUUGCAUAUCAUCAGUGUUACUGUCUAUGUAUGUGUCUAGUGGCCUGCUGUCUUUAUUUUUUCCCUUCAGUCAGUAGGUCAUGAAUGUUUAGAAACAAAUUAUUUAUUUAUUGCUGUCAGGAGCCAGAGAUUACUGGAUCAAGUCCUAACCCUAAUUUUAUUCAGCAGAGGCCUAAUGCUAAGUGCUAAGGCUGAGAGACCAUGAGAGCCUAGAAGGUGGGAUGCAGAAUUAGUUCCCAGAAAAGUAAUGCUUUCUUUUUUAAACAAGUUUCUAGUCCUUAUGAAGAUACCCUUCAAAGCAAGUGGGCGUCAAUGCCUGCUGAAAAUCUCAUAAGCCAGAAGGGUGGUUGAAUAACAUUUGAAGGCAUUUAGGAGAUGGAGUUGCCACGCCUUAUGUAACUUGUUAGCAUGACUAACAUAGUUACAAUGAGACAAAGCAAAAUAGAUUAUGCAAAAAUAAAUUAUAAAAAUAGACAUUUGGCAGAAGUGCAUAAUCUCUGCAAGUUGCAGAAUUCUGCUCUUUAUGUUGCAGGGUUCAGAUCGCCUGACGGCAAAAGAUAUUUUUCUUAAUGGAGUGCAUUGACCUGCCUGAAGUGCAGUUUGCCGUUAGCCAUUCUUGUGAAUGAGUUGCCUUGUCUGUCUUCAGUGCCAUUACACAAGGGUGAAGAUCAUAGACCCUUGUGGACCUCCUAGAAUGGCUUCAUGGCACUCCAGGGUUGCUGUUCAACUCUCCACUGACUGCAUGAAACUGAAUGGGGGGAAGAGGGCAAUAGCUCCAUUCGAAGCUUGCAAUUCCUAGUUGGAUGCAGCUGUUAGGAGGCUCACCAAUGCCCAUCAAAUUUGGCUUGCACCAUAGAGCUGUGUGGACAGCAGCUCCUGUUAUCUUGCACCAUGGUUCCACCAACCAAGCAACUGCUUUCAGGUGGAAACAGGAAGUGAAGGUCAUGCAGUGUCUUGUUUCUCAGGAUGUCCUCUCCAGAGAGGAAGAUAGAGACAACUGGUCCUUCCACAUAGGAGGUGGCAAUGGCAUAAUUUCUCCCUUUGCUCCCUAGCCAGGUUCUUUUCUGUCUUAGUUCAAACAGCUUUGUUUAUCACUAGUAGAAAUGGCUGCUGUUAGGCGAUGGACUGGCUGCAAAAUGGCCACAGCAAGCAGAGCUUUCUUUCAGAUGAGGAGUCGUUCAAAUUGUUCUGCUUCUGGCCAGAGAGGACAUCUUGAAGGGGGGCAAGUGCCCUUUCUUCUGUAGCAGACCCCACAGGUCAUGUCUGGGGGUGGGAGGCUUCUACCCCCAGGGCACUAUUAUCCAUUCCUGGGCUCCAGAGUUGUAAGGCAAGAAGGAUCCGUGCGAAAGUGUGGGGUUUAUCAUUCAUGUUUUCAGAUGCUUUGCAUGAAAGCAGCAGGUUAUUGCUAAGAAGAGAGGAAAAUCAUUGGUCUGUUAGAAAGUUUUGAACAAUUAACACUGCUUGCUUUCAACCUGUUAAGAUAGGGAUUCCCAACCUUGGGACCUCGGAUGUUGUUAGUCUAUAGCUUCCAUCGUCACUAGCCACAGUGGCCAAAUCACGAGAUGUAUCUUGUGUUGGUCUUACCAAGAGACAGACGUCUUCCCACAGUAUUGCCUCAGUCCUUAUAGGAUUCCCUGUUACCCCAAAGAAAGCUUAGAGGCAGAAAUGAAGCCGGCGGGGGGUGGGGGGGGUCUAGCUCCUUAAAUUCUGCAAAAUAUGUCCAUGGAGACCUCAAAUUACAAACUGAAUUGCAGUACAGUCAUGUGAUAUUUGGGGUGGGUGGACAACACCGAAGUCUUGUGUAGCCGCUGAUCUUGUGGAUCAGCUCCGAUACAAGAGCUGAUCCGUGUGCAAAGUCAUUUGCACGGUUGCCCACAUUUGAAAUACCCAAGGGGCAGGCUGAUUCUCUUCUCCAGCCGAAACAUCUGCCCCGCCGUGCAUGCACGUCACCACCUGACUCAUGCUGAAAGUUGAUCCCUUUAAAACUAGGUCAAGUAUUUCUAAUAUUUGCAUCUAUUCCAAUUGCAUUAUCAGAUGAGCAAUAACAGUAAAACUAUGAAGGAAGUACCAUGCCUUAAAUGGGAAGAGUAGAUCCUUACAGUUUUCUAUUCCCCCCCCCCAUAUAUAAAUCCACCCUAUUUUGUAUUUCUUCUCCACUGAAAGAGUACCCAAGGCAGUUUACAAAAACGUGAAGCAAAUAAAUCACGAAUGGCUAAAAACAAGGCAGAGCAACAAUAUCAAAGUAUGCUCAAAAAGCACCUACAAGCUUGCUUGCGGAAUUAAAACAGUUGCAAGCCAAAACAAGAAUGCCUCUUAGAGUAGGCAUUCUCCAACUUGGGUCCCCAGAUGUUGUUGGACUACAACUCCCAUCAUUCUCUGCCCCAUUGUGGCUGUGGGUGAUGAAAGCUGCAGUCCCAAUAACGUCUGGGGACCCCAGUUUGAGAACCCCACCCUAUGCACUCUUACUUAGGAGUUUGGCCAUUGUCUUUAGCCAUUGUGGCAGGGGGUGAUGGGUGUUGUAGUCCAACAAUAUCUGGGGACCUCAGUUUGAGAACCCGUGCUCUGAGAGAAGAUGCAUAGUGGGCUUCAGCAGAAGUCCUGCCUUGGGCACUUAAAGAUCUAACUUCUCAGAGUCCUGGCCACAAGCAGAACCAGCAGAUCUUGCAAACAUGUUUUCUCAAUCUCUUGAAUUUGAUCAUCCACUGCUCGGAAUCUUGGCAAAGGUUUUUGUAGAGGUUUUCUCAAUAUGUGUUGAGUGCUACAAGCACGUACCUUGUGAGUUAACAAAAGCCUGUAUUUGAUGGAAAGCUGUAAAACCUCUUCCAGGUUCUAUGUUUUCAUUUACUUGAUAAGGUGUCAAAAGUCAGGCAACAGUACAAAUCAGUCUUCCCUCUCUCGGCAAACUUCCUGAGUUGUCAGAAUAGCGAGUUUCCUUGUUCCAUGCUUCCUCUAAUCGCCCUUCAUUCUCUCUCACUGGUGUCCGCUUGGUAGUGGAGUUGUCCACCCUGAUACUCCUAGUCUCAAAAGCCUGCUUGCAAAUAUAUCCUCCGGGUGCUUUUCUUUGACGUGGCAGGGCCUCUCAGCCCAAGUCUGAGGCUUGUUUUCCACUGCAUCUGAAUCUUGCAAGCCAUGUGGCAUUCAUGCUGAUUGGCAGAUACCCCAAGGGUGGAUGGGGGCAUGGCAAGAUCAGCUGGAGAGGUGGUCCUUGUGGCAGGAAGAUGCACAGAACCCCUGCCCUGCGUGGCUGGUGGCUGGUUUGAGUAGUGCUCUCUCUCUCUCUUUCUGAUUGGUUGCAAAAGCACCAGACAGUAUGUGUAAAAAGAUCUUUUGAAGAGGUGCCCGUAGACAGUCCAGAUGGAGCACUGUAUUUACCCCAAUACAAGAUGACUGUGAAUUUAGGAUGAGUCCCUUUAAAAAUAGUGGUUAAAUACAGGUUAUACCUAUAUUUAUCCAAAAGGAAGAGGAUGCUGAAUUUAAGAUGACCCCCUGAUUUCUAAAAUCAAAGACCUAGGUAGGGGGGUGGAUCUAGACUUGGAUUCAGGUAAAUACAGUAAUUGCAUUGGAUCCCACUUGGAUUCAACCCCUCAUGCUGGUGGUGUAUCAAUUGGUGAACACAUCCAUCAUCAAGUCAAACCCAGUCAUAUGAUAAUGGCCCACUACCUAAAUCUCCAGUCUGACAUGACAGCCAUAGGCUCACAGUCCAAAGAAUGGCAUGAAAACACCUAUAAUUGGAAUUUUAACUUCUUGUGAUUCUACCAGUAGAACUUGAUUUUUCUCUCUUGCCUCUGAUGCAGCUUUUUUUCAAGCAGUGGUGUAAUACGCAGAUGGCUUUUCUUCCAAUUUAUGAAGAAAAUACAUUGGAAGCAUGUAUUCUUCCCGAAACAGCAUUUUUAGUUAGUUCUGCUGUGUGUUUGGACUAAAAGAAACCAAAGAUGCAUGAAACCAAAACUGUGUGUGGUUUGAGUCUCUCAGUUAAUCUUCCAUAUGCAGUUGGAAGGAAUUGCAGUGCUCCUGUCAUAGUCCAGGGAUUCUCAAAUUUGGGUCCCCAGAUGCUGGACCACAACUCCCAUCAUCCAUAGCCACAGUGGCUUUGGCCAUUGUGGCUGAGGAUGAUGGGAGUUGUCUUCCAGCAAUAACUGGAGACCUGGUUUGAGAACCCUUGUGUGAUACAGUUGUGUGUUCACAAUCUCUUCUCCAGGUGGGCCCUCUCAAAAGAUGGACUUCUGUGUGCAUUGUGCUGAGUGGGGCCAGAUAUGUUAGUAAUGGAAAAAGCCAAGCUGUACUGAGCCAUAUUUAACUUCUUUGGGUCCCGUGUGACUUUUUGCUAGCUCCUAGAGUUGAUGUGAACAAUUCUUUUGAAGGGAUCUAAACACGAAGACUUCUGUCUCUUAACAAUGGAAUUGAAUCGGCAAAGAUUUCUUACAUUUGGUUAUCAGCCCAAUAUAAUAUGCAGUGAACAGAUGGGAUUCUUUGUGGCUUCCCAAGAGGUAUGGAAGAUCCAUGAAUGUCUUGAGUCUCCAUGGGCUGCAGAACUAGGUCAGAGUAUUGGCAAAUUAGGUGUCCAUUCUUAUAAAUAAAAUACGGUGUGCAAAAUGUGUUUCCAGUGUUGCCAGCAUACAAGACAAGAAUGUUUGACCCCAGACAAUCCUUCGUAUGGUUGAGUAGAAGUCACAAGGGUUGUGUUGUUCUUGAGUUGCACUUACCCACGAGCUUUCAUAACUUGAGAGUGAAUGAACUCUCGGAUUGAAGUGCCUGUUUGGUUACUGGGUGCCGUUCUUUAAGCUUCUCAGUCUUGUAGCCAUAAUAACUUGUUUUUGUUUGUUUCGAGGGGGAGAAUUUUUCAAAAUAAGCUCUUGACACUGUAUUCUGAGGAACAAAAGGGUUUACAAAGCAAUGUUGUAGCAAACAUCAUGUGAUUUUCUGGCAAGACAUGAAAGUCAAAAUAGCCAUUUCUUGCAGAACACUCAUGAAUGUGGCAUCGGGGUGUGUGUGUGUGUGUGAUUCCUUUAAAUGACAUGAUCCUUCUAAUGCCAGAAAUACUAUUGAGCCAUUUCAAGAUAAACCUGUUGGGAGCUUGUAUAUUUCAUCUCUUUGUACUCAGACCUUUUAAACAAACAAACAAACAAAAAACCUUUUCUCUUGCACUACAGUGGACUUGAAGUGAACAGAAGUUAAACUCUUUAUCAUGAUUCAGCUACCUCUCUCUGUAAUUAUUUUUUCCAGUUGGUUCACAUUUGUCGUGUUUAAGAAGUUUUGCAGUCUAGUCAAACCUGUACAUGUGUUGUGUUGACGUCAUUGCAUUGACAGUUUGUGUGACUAGUGGUUUGCUAAUUAAAAUGGCACAUGCUUACUCUUUAA